GGAAGGGGAUGGAGUUGUGGGAGGACGCCACUGCCACCAACAGAGGCCGGCUGAGAGGACAGCUGUAUUGGGCACUGGCGCUACUGGUCUCUGCGCUGGCCUACGGCUCACAUGCCCCCCUGCUCACCCUGUGCAAGGUGGGGUUGGAGGUCCCCUUUAGCAGCUCCUCUGUCGUGGUGCUGACCGAGCUGGUCAAACUGUGUGCAUCGGCCGUCGGCCUCCUCCUUCCCCGCAGACACUCCCCGCCGGUCCCACUCUCCCCCUCAGCCUCCCUAAUGGCUGCCGUCCCCUUCGCCCUGCCUGCUGCCCUCUACGCCAUCAACAACAACCUGGCAGUCCACAUGCAGCAGCAGAUGGACCCCGUCACCUUUCAGGUUCUGGGUAAUCUCAAGAUCGUGGCCACCGCCACCUUCUGUGGCCUCCUCCUGCGCCGGCGUCUCUCCCCCCGCCGCUGGCUGGCACUAUUGCUCCUGACAGCAGCUGGCGCCUGUCACGCUGGCUCCGUCCGUCGGCAUGAUGACCGGGAGUCCCUGGGACCCCUUCGCCCCUACCUCACUCCUCUGGGUGCCACUUAUUGCGCCCUGUACUGUACGGUGUCUGGUCUCUCCGCAGCCUGCACCGAGUGGGCGCUGAAGUCACGGCCACUGCCUCUGAGCCUGCAGAACUUCUUCCUGUACGCUUUCGGGGUGGCUGCCAACGCUGCAGCGCACCUGGCCUCCUCUCCCGCGGACGCUGGCUUCUUCCAGGGCUUCUCGCCGUGGGUGGCCCUCAUUGUGGCCUCACAGGCCCUGAACGGACUCCUCAUGUCCGCCAUCAUGAAGUAUGGCAGCGGCAUCACCCGCCUCUUCGUGAUCUCCUGCUCCAUGUUGGUUAACGCAGGGCUCUCCGUCAUCCUGUUCAGCAUGGAGCUCACCCCCUUGUUCUAUGUAGCCGCAGCCCUGAUCUGCGUGGCUAUUCAUCUCUACUACAACAUUGGGUAGCACCAGCUGAGAGCUUCUCAUCUCGAUCUGCUCCCUCACUUCAAUGUUUACAGAAAAAUUGGGCCCACACUCAAUGCCCAAUAAAUUAACAAGGGCACUUUGGCUGGCUGCUUCUCAAAUUCUAUUCUUAUCUACUUUGGAGUUGAGAGGGAUAGUAAAGCAGCCGUGUUGGAGCAGAGUUAAUGGGCCAAAUGGCCUAAUCCUCCUCCGAGUCUUAAGGAGCUGUUGAACUCUGGGCAUAAGGUACUACACCAAAACGAUCAUCACUCAUCAUCCUCAGAUUUGGGUGCCACAGGAUUAUAAUGGUUGCGUAAUGCUAUUGUAGCUCAGGGUGUCCCAGUUAAAUUGGGGCAUUGUCUGUGUGUUCUCCCCAUGAGGUUCUUCCCACAGUCUAAAGACUUGUCAGUUAGUAGGUUAAUUGGUCAAUGUUAAUUGUCCUGUGGUUAGACUAGGGUCAAGUCGGUGGGCUGCUGGCCAGCACAGCUCGUUGUGCUGGAAGGGAUUGUUCCACACUGCAUCUCUGAAUAAAUUCUCACGGUUGGGGUAUGUGACCAUAGAAAAGAUUUCUCCCCAAUUUUUAACCAGGUUUCUGCCCAGGUUGUUGCCUUGGCUUUCCAUUCUUCUGUGAGAGCAAUGUUGUCAAGGCCUUCAUCUACUCUAACUGGAUCUGGUAGCAUCUCAAAGCUGUUGUAUCUUGGCCUGUGUACGGGGAGCACGUCUGGUCAGUCAAACGUAGCCUUGCUUGCUGGACAUUGCUGUAAGCUAGUCCACAUACUGCUGGAGUGAGAGGGUCCUUUGUAAAUGUGCCCCAAUUACCACAUAGAACUUUACAACCCUUUGGCUCAUGAGACCGUGCCGACCUACUAACCUAUACUAAAGUCAAUCGAACCCUUCUGUCCCACGUAACCCUCCAUUUUUCUAUCAUCCAGGUGUCUGUCUAUGGGCUUAAACGUCCAGCACCCCUGGCAGCAUGACUUACCUCUUGACAUCCCCCCAGAUUCUCCAGUCACCUUAAAAUUAUGCCCCAUCUUAUUAGCCAUUUCCACCCUGCAAAAAGGUCUUUGGCUAUGCUCUCUGUCUAUGCUUCUAUCAUCUUGUACACCUCUAUCAAGUCACCUCUCAUUCUGCUUCACAACAAAGAGAAAAGUCCAAGCUCACACAACCUAUCCCCAUAAGACGUGCCCUCUAGUUCAGGCAUCUUCCUAGUGAAUCUCCUCUGCACCCUCUCUAAAUCCUCCAAAUCCUGUAAUGAGACAAUAAAACAUGAGACGUAUUAACCUCUAACCUCUUAGCCAUAGAGGCACUACAGUAAGAAACAGGCCGUUCAGUCCAUCUAGAAUGUGGUUUCACCUCAGGAGUGAGUUUUUGGAGGUCAUUGGAGCAAGGCUGAUUGUGUCCCGAUGUUACACUUUAUAUAGUCAGGUGACUGACACUAAAGUGUAUUUACAAAGACCGAUCCCACACUCAGGCCAGCUAGCAUGCUCCCCAGUGAUAUUAGCUGCACAGAUAUUAAGUCUUCUGAUCUUCCUGGUCUACUUUAAUUGCUGAGUAUGUUUUGGUAUCACCAGCAAAACCAAAGUCUUUUAUUUAAGGUGCUGAAUGGGUUGGAAAUUUCCAGCAAAUUUGUCUUUUUUGCGGAUCCGUAAUCAUACCCCAGAUAACUCCUCACUGCGUUGAUGUGACCGUAUCAUAGACAACCGCUGUCUCAGCCCCAUUUCAGAUCUUGUGCAGCUGGAAGGAACUAUUUGUGUUUACAUAUUGUGAAUGAACUUGCUGGAAAAAAGUAACUCCUUGAUCUGUCACCUAUUAUUUUGCUUCAGUGAUGUAAUUAGUAUUCAAAUGUAUGCAAAUGAAGCAUGUAUUAAUGAUUAUUUGGAAUAUAGAGGAAAUAUAUAUGUGGCUUUUUGCUGAAUAGAGAUAUAUUAUUUGAAAAGCUGUGGCAACAUUCAGGGUUAAAUGCCUGUCACAAUCUUUUAAAGGGUGUGUGACAAUUUUAAGCGCUGUUGCAAGCACUGUUUUAACUCUUUCCAAGCCAGAGGUUCCCAACCUAGCUUAAUUGUACUUGUCCAUGGCAUAAGAAAAGGUUGGGAACCCCUGCUCUAGGCUGAAGUAGCAGUAUCUUGUGUCAAAAGCACACCCGUCCAUUGCCUUUUUUUUUAUUAUUGUUUCAUCUUCCCAAUGGGAAUCUAUAAUACAGCGGUGUGGCUGGUUUAGACACUUGGCCUGUGAUCCAAGACUGGAAAUACUCAACUGGUCAGGCAGCUUUUGUGCAAUGUUUUACAUCAGAGACCGGAACACGUCUUAAAGAUCUUUGACAUGAAACCCUCUCCCAAUUAGACUUCAUCAAUGUCAUAAACAUUUCAAUAUUACAUCCCUAAUCAAGCGGCCUUUAGUUCCAGCAUUGCACUUGGGAAGUGUUAAGUCUUGUGUCCAAGAGAUUGGGGUGGCGGGGGUGGAGUUCUCAUUCCGUACCACCCCCACAACCCGUAAACAGUGGAACGAAGGGAACCAUGGUUCUUCAGUGAUGUUGAAACCAUUUUCCAGUUUUCAGACAACUUGUGCCUUUAUUACAUAACUAAUGAAAACAAUGCAAGAGUGUUUUUUUUCCCCCCAAAUUUCUUGGCUGCCAUUAGUUUUUUUAACAUACUUCUAUGGUUUUUAAUUUUUAAUUUUAAAUAAAUACCUGAUAGAAGUUAGAGACUGGAUUUCUCUAUAAAGGAUUUUAAAUCGGUGCCUGAAUUUUUUUUUGUUAUUACACACUCUCUUCUCCAACAAUGUGACACAGAAAUGGGACAAAUUGAUUUCUGCUCCCUGCUGCCUGGGAGAACACUAAUUUGCUGUAGAUUGCUAGUCCUGCCAUUAGAAGAGUACAGGUUAUUUGCUAAACAUGAGAUUCUGCAGAUACUGGAAAUCCAGAGCAAUACACACACAAUGCUGGAGGAACACCGCAGAUCAGGCAACAUCUAUGGAAAGGAAUAAAUAGCAUUUCAACUGAGACCCUUCAUCAGGACAGGAAAGGUAGUUUGGCAUCUUCCCCUGCCCUUUCCAGUCCUGUUGAAGGAUCUCAGCCUGAAAUGUUGACUGUUUAUUCCUCUCAGUAGUUGCUGCCAGACCUGCUGAGUUCCUCAAGCUGUGUGUGUGUGUGUGUGUGUGUGUGUGUGUGUGUGUGUAUACACGUACACGCACGCGCGCAGUUUAGUGCACAGUUUAAUGAAAUCUGGUGCUGGUGGUAUUAGGAUCUCUUCCAAAAUGCACCUUCAGUUUGAUUAUUGUUUGUUAUCGAAGGUACGGGUAACUCUAGUCCAAUAACUUUUGUGGUCCGACGUGCUCUGAAUCUGUAGUACAGAUCUGUACUUAUUAAUUCUAACUAAAAUCUGAACUGAUCUGUAGCUAAUCAGCCACUUUUGCAAUCUCAGCCAACAGCAUUUCCACCUUGAGGAAACCUUAGGUUUCUGUUCUUGCUUUAUUGUUGUCCCAUGUACUGAGAAACAGGGAAAAGUUUUUUUUGUUUGGUAUGCUGUGCAGAACAGAUCAAGGAUCAACUUUAUUCGCCAUGUACGUUCACAUUUACAAUGCAUUCUGGUUAAUUGGGUCACAUCGGGACCAGUACAUUUUGGCCCAAUGUAAUGGCUACCCCAAUUCGCUGGUUUCAUGGAAAUUGUUAAAAAGGUAGAAAAAGUACAAACUACCAUUUAACUGGGUAACAAAUUAUGUAUUUAAAUGAAAUACAGAGCAAAUUGGAACACUAUCAAUGCUUCUACAGUACGAUAAAACUGUAUUAGUUCUUAUUAGUUAUUGACAGGAAUUUAGCCAGUGUACAUUCUUUUGAGUGUAAAUAAGCAAAAGCAAUGCAGACACUUAGUGUAGAUAAUGAACUGCCUUCACACAAUGUUAUUGAUGACUGCUUCAUAAUUCUAAACUUGGUGAAGUAAUGAAAUCGUUUCAUUUUUACUCCCAGGCGCUUCUAAGCCUGAAUGCUUGAAACCAUAGUGAGCAAAACAGUUCUGAAAUCUCUUGCUGCAUAUUUCUCGUUGAUUAUCAGUGACAAAAAUCUCUGCUUUUUGAACACAAGUGCACACAACUGAUGCAGUUUCUUAACUGUUCUCUCUCAGCACGGUAUAAUGUCUUAACGACCACAUGUGACUGUUUGGCAACAGUCUUCUGCCCAAUGUAGCAGCAUAAUGUUCCAAAUAAACAAAGCGAAUCCUCGCAAUUUUCUCGAUUUUUGUUCAUAAGAGUUGUCCCAAAUUAAGUGGCUGCCUUAUUAACCAUUGGCCCAAUGAAUCAAAAUCCACUGAUUUAGAAAUUUAAUGUACGUUGGUGCAAUGUGCAAAGCAAAUUCAACGGUUAUAAAGAAUUAUAUAACAAAACAAUGUUAGAAGUUAAAGUAUGGAUAUGGAUAAAAUGUGCAAUUAUAGAAAUACAAGCAUGUAUUUACAAUGUAAACAAUUAUAAAAGGUGUUUUAAAGUGUUUCACAACACAUACAAAAUGCUGCAGGAACUCAUCGGUCAGAUGGCAUCUUGCUGAGUUCCUCCAGCAUUUUGUAUGUGUUUCUUAAGAUUUCCAACAUCUGCACAAUCUCUUGAGUUUUAUUCAAAGCACAAGUUCAAAGUUAGUACGGAAGGUAGUACAAAAAAGAAAACAAUGCUGACUACAGUGUUAGUGUGGUGCAGACAGACAAAUAAAGUGACAGUACGGACGGUUCUUGGAGCUCUUGCCUGAAGCGCUCAGCUUCCUCUGAACAGGACAAAACUUUAUGGUGCCGGACUAAACAGUUUCACCCUUGUAUUUCUUGCACUGAGCUCUGAACAGACUAUUCAGACCCAGACACUUCAGUUUGUAAUUCUUCACGAAGACCAGAAAAGUAGAGCAGACAGUGGUUUUUAGUUGUAGUUGCUGCUGGUGCGCGAUUCCCAACAUUUUAUUUGAAGGUUGUCGGUGACGACUUUGGGAAAAUUUCUUAAAGGAAAAUCCAUUUGCCUGUUUCAGUAUCAGUCGCUCUAAAAUACUGGACCUGGUACAAGUACUAUAUCUAUAUGAUGAUGUGAUACAUUAUGAAAUAAAGAUAUUUUAUU